GAGGAUCAAAGGUCAAUGCGUGGAAGCGUGGCUGUCUUCAAGUGCCUCAUUCCUCCUUCGGUGCAGGAGUAUGUUAGCGUUGUGUCUUGGGAAAAAGAUACAGUCUCAAUCAUCCCAGGGAGUAGAUUCCACAUCACAUCGUAUGGAGCCUUGUACAUAUCCGAUGUACAAAAGGAGGACGCGCUGUCUACAUACAGGUGUAUCACCAGACAUAAAUACAGUGGAGAAACGCGCCAGAGCAAUGGAGCCCGUCUCUCAGUUUCCGAUCCUAUGGAAUCAGCGCCUACAGUGUUGGACAGUUUUCAGUCCAAAGAAGUUAAAACCGGGGAAACCAUGGAACUUCCAUGCAUCGCUUCAGGUUAUCCAAACCCAGUGAUCCGCUGGCUGAAAGACAACAGGCCAUUGCCAGUCGACAGCCGGUGGACCAAGCGUAUUACAGGCCUGACGAUUAACAACCUACAUGUGGAGGACAGCGGCAUGUACAUCUGUGAAGUGACAAACACCUUCGGCUCAGCGGAAGUGACUGAAAUCAUUAAAGUCAUAGAUCCGCUGAGGGUAACAGUGACUCCAAAGAAACUGAAAACUGGAAUUGGCAGCACCGUCAUUCUGUCGUGUAGUGUGAUGGGUUCUCCCGAGUACGUCAUCAGGUGGUACAGAGACACAGAGCUCAUCAUUCCCGAUGGUUACAUCUCUGUCCGAGGAAUCAAUAACGACACAUUGCUGAUCACAUCUGCUCAGAAGAGUCACUCGGGAGCCUAUCAAUGCUUUGCCACCAGGAAAUCCCAAACUGCACAGGACUUCUCCAUCAUAGUGUUAGAAGAUGGAACACCCCGGAUCAUCUCGUCCUUUAGCGAGAAAGUGGUCAACCCAGGCGAGCAGUUUUUCCUCAUGUGCACAGCCAAGGGUGCCCCUCCGCCGACCCUCACCUGGACGCUGGACGACGAGUUGAUAAUCAGAGACAGCAGCCAUCGGUCUAACCAGUACACGCUGACAGAUGGCACUGCCGUUAGCCACAUGAAUGUCACCAACCCGCAGAUCAAAGAUGGAGGGGUUUACCGCUGCGCAGCAAGAAAUCUCGUCGGCAGCGCCGAAUAUCAAGCGCGAAUAAACGUAAGAGGCUCACCCAGUAUUCGCCCCAUGAGGAACAUCACUGCGAUUGCUGGGAGAGAUACUUUCAUUAACUGCCGGGUGAUUGGAUAUCCGUAUUACUCAAUCAAAUGGUACAAGGACUCAAUAUUACUUCCUGACAAUCACAGGCAGGCAGUGUUUGAGAACGGAACCUUGAAGCUGAUGGAUGUGCAGAAGGGGAUGGACGAGGGAGAGUACGUGUGUAGUGUCCUGGUGCAGCAGCAACACUCCAUCAGCCAGCGAGUGCACGUUGCCGUUAAAGUUCCUCCCCUAAUCCAACCCUUUGAGUUUCCGCCAGCAUCGAUAGGACAGCUGCUCUACAUCCCCUGCGUGGUGUCCUCAGGUGAUAUGCCCAUACGCAUCACAUGGAGAAAGGACGGUCAGGUGAUUCUCUCUGGGUCAGGGGUCACCAUCGAAACCAAAGAAUUCAUGAGCUCCCUGCAGAUCUCCAGCAUCUCUCUGAAACACAAUGGCAACUACACUUGCAUUGCCAGCAAUGACGCUGCGACGGUGAUGAGAGAGCGACAACUUAUUGUACGAGUUCCGCCUCGUUUUGUGGUUCAACCCAACAAUCAGGAUGGCAUCUAUGGCAAGGCUGGAGUUCUUAAUUGUUCGGUCGAUGGUUACCCUCCUCCAAAGGUCAUGUGGAAGCAUGCGAAAGGAAGUGGAAAUCCUCAGCAGUACCAUCCAGUUCCUCUGACAGGCCGCAUUCAGAUCCUGGGAAAUGGUUCUUUGCUAAUUCGCCAUGUCUUGGAAGAAGACAUUGGGUACUAUCUGUGCCAGGCAAGCAAUGGUGUUGGCACAGACAUCAGCAAGUCCAUGUUCCUUACCGUGAAGAUCCCAGCAAUGAUUACUUCUCACCCCAACACCACCAUUGCCAUUAAAGGCCAGAACAAGGAACUUAAUUGCACAGCCCGUGGAGAACGACCAAUCAUUAUCCGCUGGGAGAAGGAGGACACAGUCAUUGACCCAGACAGAAUGUUCCGAUAUUCAGUGGCUACAAAGGACAAUGGGGAAGAGGUUGUCUCGACUCUGAAGAUCACGCCGGCUGACCGAGGUGACUCUGGCUUCUUCUCUUGUCACGCAAUCAAUUCCUACGGAGAGGACAGGGGACUUAUUCAACUCACUGUUCAAGAGCCACCUGACCCACCUGAGCUGGAGAUCAGAGAGGUGAAGGCACGUAGCAUGAAUCUCCGCUGGACUCAGAGAUUCGAUGGAAACAGUCUGAUCCUUGGCUUUGAUAUUGAAUACAAGAAUAAAUCAGAUUCCUGGGAUUUAAAGCAGAGCACUCGGAAUAUCAACCCAACCAUAAACCAAGCCAACAUUGUGGAUUUGCAUCCAGCCUCUGUUUACAGUAUUAGAAUCUACUCCUUCAACAAGAUUGGCAGAAGUGAACCCAGCAAAGAAUUAACUGUUAGCACAGAGGAAGCAGCUCCAGAUGGGCCUCCUAUGGAUGUCAUAUUACAACCCAUCACAUCCCAGAGCAUCCGAGUAACUUGGAAGGCACCCAAGAAGGAGCUUCAAAACGGGGUAAUCCGAGGUUACCAGAUCGGUUACCGGGAGAAUGGGCCUGGCAGCAACGGCCAGUAUAGUAUUGUGGAGAUGAAGGCCACAGGCGACAGUGAGGUUUACACCUUGGACAACCUGAAGAAGUUUGCACAGUACGGUGUUGUGGUACAGGCAUUCAACAGAGCUGGAACAGGUCCAAGUUCCUCAGAAAUCAAUGCUACAACACUUGAAGACGUUCCCAGCCAACCUCCAGACAAUGUGAAAGCUGUUUCAAUCUCAUCUGACGUUGUCACCAUUGUCUGGUCACCGCCUCCACAAAGUACCUUAAAUGGAGUGUUAAAGGGCUUCCGAGUCAUAUAUUGGUCCGUGCACCAAGAUGGAGAGUGGGGAGAGAUGCGGAACAUCACCACCAUGGAGAACCGAGUGGAGCUGAAGGGAUUGGAGAAAUUCACGAAUUACAGUGUGCAGGUGCUGGCGUUCACACAGGCGGGAGAUGGAGUGCGUAGCUUGGUGCUCUACACUCAAACAAAAGAAGACAUUCCAGGGCCUCCUGCGGGAAUCAAAGCAGUACCCUCCUCAGCUAACAGCGUGGUGGUGGCCUGGCUCCCCCCUACCAAGCCAAAUGGAAUCAUCCGCAAAUACACCAUCUUUUGUUCGAGCCCUGGAUCUGGGCAGCCAACGACACUAAGUGAAUAUGAGGCAUCUCCAGACACCCUGUACUACCGGAUCCCCAACCUGAACUAUCAGCAGCAGUACCUGCUGUGGGUGGCAGCAGUCACAUCGGCAGGCCGAGGGAAUGUAAGCAACAAAGUCACCGGUGAGCCAGCAGCAAAGGUCCCAGCAAAGAUUAUUGCAUUUGGAGGAACAGUGACCACUCCUUGGAUGAGAGAUGUUCUUCUGCCAUGUAGGUCUGUGGGUGAUCCAGGACCGACAAUUAAAUGGACAAAAGACAGUGAAGACUCUGCCAUCCCAGUGCAAGUUGAUGGCCACAGAAUGAUCUUCAACAAUGGGACAUUGUUUCUUCGUUCAGUAAGAGCAGAGGAUUCUGGGUAUUAUACUUGUACGGCAACAAACACCUGGGACUCUGACAAGAUUGUAGUCAACCUUCUGGUGCAAGUGCCGCCUGACCAACCUCGUCUGACUGUGUCUAAGACCUCAUCCUCCACCAUUACAUUGGCUUGGAUUCCUGGUGACAAUGGUGGCAGCUCUAUCAGAGGCUUUGUGUUGCAAUACUCUGUUGACAACAGUGAAGAAUGGAAGGAUGUCUUCAUCAACCCAACUGAGCGCUCCUUCAAACUGGACCACCUCAAAUGUGGCACUUGGUACAAGGUGAAACUGGCAGCCAAGAACAGUGUUGGAGCUGGGCGCAUUAGCGAGAUUAUUGAAGCCAAAACUCACGGGAGAGAACCUGCUUUCGACAAGGACCGGCAUCUCUUUACCCACAUUAACUCUACCCAUGCCAGGCUCAACCUCCAAGGGUGGAACAGUGGUGGCUGCCCCAUCACAGCAAUCGUCAUGGACUACCGUCCCAAAGGCACCUGGCCUUGGCUUACGUUAAAGACCAACUUGUCGCAUGAGGUUUUCCUACAGGACCUGCAAGGGGCCACUUGGUAUGAGUUGAAAAUGAGAGCCUGUAACAGCGCUGGAUGUGGCAACGAGACAACACAUUUUGCCACACUCGAUUAUGACGGAAGCACUAUCCCACCAAUCAAAUCGAUCCAAGGAGAGGGAGAUGACGUGAAGAAAUUGUUCACCAUAGCUUGUCCUGUCAUCCUGGCAACAGUUGCCGUGGCACUCCUGUUCAUCAUCAGGAAGAAACGGAAGGAGAAACGCCUGAAGAGACUGCGCGAUGCAAAGAGCUUGGCAGAAAUGCUAAUAAGCAAGAACAAUCGGAGCUUCGAUACUCCAGUGAAGGGGCAGCCACAAGGACCCCGUCUUCACAUUGACAUCCCUAGGGUGCAACUGUUGAUAGAAGACAAAGAGGGGAUUAAACAGCUGGACGACAAGGCGACCAUUCCUGCAACAGAAUCCGAAUUCAGUCAGUCUGUAAACCCCCAGAGUUUCUGCACUGGUGUUUCUCUCCACCAUCCAGCAAUGAUCCAGAACACAGGGCCACUCAUUGACAUGUCAGACAUCCGACCUGGAACCAAUCCUGUUGCUAGGAAGAGUGUCAAAUCAGCACACAGCACACGGAAUAGAUAUUCCAGCCAAUGGACCCUAACUAAGUGUCAAGCUUCCACCCCAGCCCGGACUUUGACCUCUGACUGGAGAACGGUGGGGUCACAGCAUGGAAUAACCGUGACCGAAAGUGAUAGCUACAGUGCAAGUCUCUCCCAGGACACAGAUAAAGGCCGGAACAGCAUGGUUUCCACAGAGAGUGCCUCCUCCACCUAUGAGGAGUUGGCGCGAGCCUAUGAGCACGCUAAGCUGGAGGAGCAGCUACAACAUGCCAAGUUUGAGAUCACCGAGUGCUUCAUCUCUGAUAGCUCCUCUGACCAAAUGACAACUGGCACCAAUGAGAACGCUGACAGCAUGACGUCUAUGAGCACCCCGUCUGAGGCUGGCAUCUGCAGGUUUACAGCUUCACCCCCACAGCCCCAGGAUGUUGACCGCGGAAAGAAUGUGGCUGUGCCCAUCGCCCACAGAGCUGGCAAAGACCUCCACAGCCGUGGCAUCCAGCGCACCCCAGGUGACUAUUGCAACCUUCCCCUCUACGUCAAGUCGGAAGCUUUCUUCCGCAAAUCAGAUGCCCGUGAUCCUUGCCCGGUGGUGCCACCAAGGGAAGCCUCCAUCCGGAACAUGGCCAGGGCUUAUCAGACGCAAAGCCGGCACAUGACCCUCGACCCCAACAGCAAGCCGCCCAUCCACCCGCAUGCCACAGCCACAUUACCUCAGAGAACUGUCACCGCGUCGAGCUCCACAGCCACUGCUUCUGCCAACACGGCUGCCGUCACCGCCCCUGCUUCCACCGCAAACGCCCCAGCUGAACCACGGCUGCCCACGCACACUAAAAUCGGCGGCUCCAGAGACUCACUACUAGAAGUGAGUACAGCCGGACUGAACAGGUCACAGAAACAAGGAGCAGGUGCCUACUCAAAGUCCUACACCCUGGUGUAAGGUGCACGCA